AUGGCCCAACGCUCCCACACCGAGAGCUGCCGGCCCGGCGACACCCUCGUCGUAGUGCAUGAAUUCCUGGCCCGGAGCCCUGAUGAGCUGAGCCUGCGCCGUGGGGACCGCAUCGAGCUGAUUGAGCGCGACGACGACUUUGGCGACGGCUGGUUCCUAGGCAAGAACACGGAGACGGGCGAAAAUGGCCUCUUCCCCGAAGUCUACACGCGCCCGGCGCCAAAGCCCACGCCCGUUCCUACCAUGCUCUCGCGCAAUCCCUCGCAAUUGUCUACGCACGACGACAAAUUGCUGGGUCCUCCCGGUAUGGCUCUCUCUGAACCAGCCGCGUCUCAGCCACCAGCUGCCACGAGUGCCCCUCCUCCCCUGAAGUCGGCACCCACUGAACCCCUUCACAUUGCCUCGGGAACCGAUGUAGCGCGCAGGGCGUCGGUGCAGAAUGGCCAGCGCAGCAUCAGCAUGACGUUGAACGGGGAGCCUGCGCCAGACCCCGAGCCCAUAGGAAGCCCCGUCAUGCACGAGACGCUCAGCGUCAUCGACGAGCAUAUUACCGGCAUGAACACGCCGCGUCACAGCGCCGUUGGGAGGGAAUUGCGCGCAAACGACUCUGGUAGUGAAUACAGCAGCCACCACCGUCUAUCCUACAUCAACGGCCAGGAGACGGACGACGAGGAGCAAAACUGGCACACGGAAGAGGAGGUCAAGACAUGGUCGCCUGCCCGCGUGGCAGAAUACCUAGAAGAUGUGGGCGUGGAGAAGAAGCACUGCAAUGUCUUCAGGGACCAGGAUAUUGACGGCGAGGCGUUGCUGGGCGUCGACCGCAACUUCAUCUUCAUGCAAGAGUUUGAACUGGGACCCAUGGGACCGCGCCUGCGAACGUGGAUGAAGAUCAAUGCGCUCCAAUCAGAGGUCAAGAGCGCAAAGGAAGCCGCCCAGCUCGCCCAAACAAUGCCCGCCCUAGGCGACCCUGAGGACUCUCCCACCGAAACUGGAAGAAACAGAGCUGCAUCCACGGGUGCUGUCCUCCCUCGAAUACCCACACUGCGCGAAGGCAUGGGCUCUCGUGGCAGCACGAAUCGCCAACACAUCCCGCGUGCAGCCUCAUCUGCCGGCCGAUCUUCCACUAUCGAAGCCACUUCUCCACUUAUUCAGCAUACUCCUGCCUCUCCUACCAUGGGCUCGCCGAACCGACCCUCGGCCGCCUCUGUACGAAGCAUGCAUCACCAGCGCCGCCACUCGUCUAUUGAUUACAACCAGAACCAAGGCACCCAAGCCCCACAUAUGCACAAGAUGCCCUCGUCUGCAUCCCCCACUUCGCAUAAGAAAAUGCCCUCGUUCGACCGCAACUGGACCAUGGGAUCCUCGUCUAAAACCCCACAGGAGCUAAAAAGACCGUCUUCGUCGCAUCACGCCCAUGCCUCGAGCACCAACGGAAUCGCUUUGGACCAAAACGAAGCUGGGCUGGCCACGUCAGAGCUUGACAGGGGCUACUUCUCGGGCGGCGAGGUUGAUAACCGAAAAAACAGGAACGUUUUGCGCAAGAAAGAUAGCCCGAGUCAUUCGCGGUCCGGUAGCUACGCCACAGAUGCUGGACGACGUCUCUCCUACAACCGACGCCAUAGCAGAAUCGGCAGCGCAGACUCAGCCCUGCAACACAGUCCAGUCUCGUCCGCUGCCAAGCAAUAUUACGGCACUAGCAUCAAGAGUGAUCGCUCCAGUGCUUAUGACUUUGUACGGCCUCUCAAGCCAGCGAGCGAAAUGCAUCCGACAGUAACCAAGCUCGCGUACGACUCACACAGCAUCGACGCCAUUGCAAACUCGCCUCAUAUGCCCGGUAGCGAAACUUCAAGUACAGGCCGCGCAUCUCCUUCACCCGCUGCACAAUCACAUACUCGCUCCUUUUUUAGCAGCAAAAAAGGUUCACAAUCCAGGGGCCUACGGGCGAUAUCAGACGCAAUCACUGGUGGAGAAAAAGCCCACAUCAGUACCGCAGACGCGAUCUCUCCAAAUAAAGACUCCCCAAUGCAGUCGCCCUCGCGGACUGGCUCAAGUACACCGUCGGGGACUUCGCUAUCAAAGAGUUUUGAGCUUGAAAAAGUCGACGCAAGCAAACGAGCCAAGGACGGGCGGAAAAAGGCCAAGAAACACGGCACAAGCGCAUAUCUCAAGGGUCGUUUGGCCAUUACCCCACAAGAAGCCAUGGAGAACUGCGACUACAGCGGCUGGAUGAAGAAGAAGUCGUCGAGCCUUAUGACGACGUGGAAAAGCCGGCUAUUUGUGCUGCGUGGUCGACGUCUCGCGUACUACUACACCGAAAACGACACGGAAGAAAAAGGUCUCAUCGACAUAUCAUCGCAUCGUGUUCUCCCCGCAAACAACGAGAGGAUGGCAGGACUCCAUGCUUCGCUAACAGGCGCAGCCUCAUCCCCAUCAUCGCCUCAAAACGCCACCUUGCAAACAACCGCAUCUACCGAUAGCGCAAAGGGUAUCCCUGGCCUCGAAGGAGACGUAUCAGGCAUGUUCAUUUUCAAGCUCGUCCCCCCACGCGCCGGUCUCCAAAAGGGCGUCCAAUUCACCAAGCCAAUCGUCCACUACUUCGCCGUCGACAACCUCGCCGUCGGCCGCCUUUGGAUGGCCGCGCUAAUGAAGGCAACUAUCGACCGCGACGAAGCUCUCCCUUUUACCACGACGUACCAGCAAAAAACCAUAUCGCUCGAAAAGGCGCGUGCGAUGCGCCAACGGCCCCCUAACCUCAUGGAUGAAGAUGACAACGCGUCUGCGGAUGCGGCGGAACGGAGAAGCGCAAAGGAAAGUCUGCAGGAAAGCACCAUUCAUGAGGAAGAAGACGAAAAGGGGCUAGCGAUAUCGGGUCUUGAUGAUGCGAAAGCGCUGCUAGCCUAG